AUGAACAGUGAGCUUUUAUUAGUGGAUUUUAGUUUUGGUGAAUUAGCCGCUACAACGAGUAACAAUUAUUUGUGCCAAGUCUGCGGCGAUAGAGCGUCCGGUUUCCAUUACGGCGUUUUUGCAUGCGAAGGUUGCAAGGGUUUUUUUCGCCGUUCCAUUCAGCAGAAAAUUCAAUAUCGUCCGUGCACAAGAAGCCAACAAUGUAUCGUCGCACGGAACAAUCGUAAUCGAUGUCAACAUUGUAGGCUACAAAAAUGUAUCAAAGUCGGAAUGUCAAGAGAAGCCGUUCGAUUCGGUCGUGUACCAAAGCAUGAAAAGGUUAGAAUGGCUGAGGAAUUGGCUCGCGUUACAGCGCGUACGCUAACUGAUGCAGUUCAAAGUGCACUUAUUGAUAGUGAUUCAGUAAUAGAAUCCUGCUUUACCGGUUUCUUACAGCUAAUAGACAAUGUGAAGAAGCUUCUCGAUAAACCUCCGGUGCAAACUGUCUGUCCUGUGGGAAGGGUAAAUGCUCAUCAUGCAAUAAAAGCAGCUUACGAUUUCUCUCAGUCAAUUCCAGGAUUCAGUAUGUUACAUCAUCAAGACCGAGUUCAGUUACUGAGGGGUACGUUAUUUCAAACGAUUGUACUAGCAAUGCUCUCAUCGCUUAACUCCAAUAAAACUCACUUAACACUUCAAUCACCAGUCGGACAACAUGUCCAUCAAUAUUUCUAUUCAUCCUUAAAUGCUUUUUUGCAAAAAUUUAACACAUUAAAAUUGACUAAUCAACAGAUAGCAUUAAUCGGUGCUGCAGGUAUGUGUGUUUCCGAUAAACCCCUCAUGCAUCAUCCGGAAUUGAUUGCAUUUAUUCACAAUCGUUUAAGUGAUCUAUUUCAAGCAACAUUUUCGGAAGAUUGUCGUGCUGCAGCACCACAACUCUUGCAUACAGUUUUAUGCGAGUUGAGAAUGCAAAAUGUAGUACAUCAGCAAAGUCUUGAAGCAAUAACAAUUUGGCCUACCACAUGUUGUUCCUCGUCAUCAUCUGUUGCAUCUAAUUCGGAUGAUAGCAUUAUCUCAAAUACCAUAAGAACAGGUAUGAGUGAUAAUACAUCACGAAAUAUUGACACCGAAUUGUCAGUAUUAGGAAAUUAUGGCUUUAUACAAGGGCAGCACCAAUUAGAACAACCAUUGCAAGAAUUAAUUUCUCCACUUUCUGUUGAAAAUCAACAACAUGAUGACAUAAAAAAAGGAUAUGCUAGAGGAAAUUGUAGUCAACAUAGAUCGGAAAAUGAUCCAGACGGCUUACAAUUACAAUCAACCAUUCGAAUUCAACCAUCCAUUGUUGAAACUCACCGAUCUGUUGCCUCAUUACUCAAUCAACCACCUAUUUUACCGAUAGCAUUAGCUACAAUACGAAAUAAUUUUGCUCAAAACUGUCAACAAUCGGCAGUAUUAUAUCGAUCGACAACACCAAUAUUGCGCAGUACCACUUUACACGACAUGAAAAUAUCAAAUGAGAUAAUGGAAUCAAUAAAUGAAGAGCCAUUAGAUUUAAGCAUAAAACGUUGA